AUGGGUAUAAUUAUUGGCUUGUGUCUGUCUGCCAUACUGACAGCAGCAAAUGUCUUCAGUGUUGAGGUCACUAGCGUUGACUAUCGCGCCAGGAUUGACUCUGCCGUCAGUGGUAUAUCGUCCUCUCCCUGGUUCUACCUGCCGUACCCAGGACAGUUUGGCACUCCUACAUUUAGUGUCGGUAUUUUCGUUACCUAUCUGAUACCGACAUUGGUUUCAAUUUUGGAUUCGAUUGCUGAUUAUUACGCAUGCGCCAGGGUAGUUCAAGUGCCACCUCCUCCUCUCCAUGCUGUAAGCAGAGGGCUUGCAACAGAAGGUUUCUUCAGCUUUUUGGCCGGAUGUCUCGGUGUGGGCCAUGCUACUACAACAUAUGGUCCAAAUAUUGGGAUCAUUGGAAUGACUAAGGUUGGCAGUCUACGAGUUUUCCAGAUGUUUGGACUGCAGCUUGUACUUGUAGCCAUUAUUGCGAAGCUGUCGGCUUGUUUCGUUGCCAUCCCGUACCCUGUAAUUGGUGGCAUAACCUUUAUAUUAACGGGGUCGUUCUUCGGUAUUAUUUUCUCAAACCUCAACCAUGUUAAUCUAAGUUCAACUCGGAACCUAGUGGUUAUUGGGAUGUCGCUUGUAUGUGGUCUGAUGAUUCCACAUUGGGCGAAACAAAACAUCGACAAAUUUGAAACAGGAGAGGCGUAUCUUAGUGUCCAUUGA